GAAUCACGCGUAGGGAGUUAUUUCCGAGCAAAUUCGAAACAGACUCUCGGCCGAGUAAAUUGCGUAACCGUCCGUUCGUCCGAACUCUAGUUCACGCUGUUUUGCAUACAAACGGAAUCCGCAGGAACAUUUUUAUUCCGGAAAAUAAUUUAACGCAGCCCGAUUUCGUGUUUGGGCCAGCCCAACCCAGCCCAAUUGGGCCCAAUUCAAAACCCUAACCCUAGGGCUUCUUCUAUAAAUAGGGGUGCUCACUUGGAAAUCUUUCACUCCCACCCCUCAUUUUUCCCUGGCCGCCACUUUCUUCUCUCCCUGUCUUCUUCUCCAUCGCGCAGCAGGCAUCCCACGGCAGCAGCAGCAGGGAGCCGUGCUCCUCUCCAUGGCGCCCUCCUCCCCUUCUUCUUCCUCAAGCCAGCAGGCACCUCCCUCUACUCCCUGCGCGCAGCAGCAGCCAUGGCGCUGCCUCUCUUCUCCAUGGCGAGCAGCAGCUCAUCCACCUCUCUCUCCCAUGGCGUGCUGCUCCAGUCGGUCUCCUUCCUCCCUCUGUCCCUUGCCGCAGGAGCAGCAGCUCCUCCUCCCAUGGUCGGCCUCCCUUCUCCCCCUCGGCUCCUUCCUCCAGGCCGAGCUCCUAUGCCAGGAACGGCUGCUCCACUUGACCGCUGCUCCAUUUUUUUCCCUCGCUCUGCUCUCUCGGCUGCUGGCAGCCAGGGCGCGACGCCUCUGCUCCUUCUCUCUACCCCACAAAACAGCCAGCGCGCAGGAGCUUCUUCUCCAUGGACGCCCAGAAUUCCAGCAGCGAGCCCCCUUCCUCGCUGUUCGUCGUGGUGCCCGCCGGCUGUUCGGCAAAAUGCGCAGCAAGCCACGCACUGCAGCAGCUUCGUCCCUUGCCUUGCGUUGUGUCGAGCUUCGCUACUGCACAUCUCCCAUAGAAAACAGCAGCCCCUCCGCGUCACGCGCUCGACUCGCUGCGCUCGCCCGCGUGGUGUCGCAGUAGGACAGCAGUCGUGUCGCAUUCGCCAUCGACCUCGCCUUCGUGUACACCCCCUCGCAGCAGCGCCAACAUAGCAGCCGCGACACUCCCCUCCACCCCGCACUCGCCACGCUCAACAAAAAUGCCCCCUCGCGUAGCUACACACUUGUUGUUGCUGCACGUUGUUCGUCGACGCGCAGCCCCUUCGCGCCGUGCCCGUGAUGUCGUCGUUCUUGCUGUUUUGUCGCGCCAAUCGACAGCCGCAGCAGCCCCUCCGUGGCGUGUGCUCCACCUUGACACGCCCUCGGUGCCCGUCGUGCUCCUUCGACUUCGCUUCGGUCUCCCGUGAUCGACGACGCGUUCGUCUUCACGCCACAUGUGCAGCAACCACGACCGAGGUUUGAUAUGGACCGAGAGGUGACGACCGUGCAAGUGAUGUGGUGCCAACCACAAGAUGCAGUUGGUGGACGUACUGAAGGAUGGUGGACUUAACCAGUGGAUGCUCGCCAAGCGAGUACCUCCCCCAGCAAACACUAUCUAAGUGUUAAAAAUUAAAGGCAAGCCCCGGUUUUAUGCAUAACCGUUAUAUAUGCUAUUUUACUGCACUUAAUGUUUGUAGGCUUGUACCGUGCACUUAAGUGUAGGAGUUGAAUGAAACCCUAGUUGCAUGAACUCAGGAUUCCCUUUGAGAUGGAUACUAGUAUGCUAGGUCGAGUAGCUGCUUUAAUAAUUAGGGAUCUCGGUAGAAGUCGAGUGAUUUUUCUAGCACUCGCGCGAGGUCAGGAAUUGGUUGUAUCCAUUUUGAUAUCGUAAUGAUUGUGGUCUGUGGACAACGGUCCAUGGGGAUGCGUUGUCUACAAGACGGAAAUUGGAAUAAGGAUUAAGGUGUGGUACCGUGAGUCAAGCGUUUGAACGUACUAAACAUAUGCCGAGAAAUAUGGUAAAUCGGUAAGCCUAGUACCUGAGUGAACCUGGCAGCAGAUUGCCCUCCUCACGCGACCUGAGACGAGGUCUCCCAUUCCGGUUAUGGUGGGUACAAGUGCGGUCACUGCACGACGGCCAGUCGGGGUCAGUGAGGCAUUGUACGCCAAGGCGGUGAGCCCCUCUCUGCUGACGGGGAAUCGAUGGGGACGGUUGAUGUGUGUGGGGACAGAGUGCCCCUGCAUGUCGUGUGUUUAGGUUUAUCUUGCAAGGAUAAAAACUCGAUUCGAAUCGUCUACUUCUCGCAGCUAAUGAGACUGCUUGAUCCAUGCUGCUACAUUGAGUAAUAAGUGGAAAUGAGGUGACUGGCAAAAGAUGUUGAUUGAUAAAAUGUUUGAUACCAUGUAUGAAUAGCUAGGUACUCAUCUAGUUUAAAAGGAUCAUACUAAAACUUGAAAAGCUAAAACUUGAUUUUAGAUUCAGCUAGUGCUUUUGGCAAACCAAACCCCUCAGCCAAACAGCUGCAUGUCUAGAGGUAGAGGAGUAGACUCCUCACAUCGGGUAAGUCUAGCUGAGUAUUAGUAUACUCAGCCUUGCUUGUGGCAUAAUUUUUGCAGGUACUUCUUAGGUUGAUUGGUUGAUGGUGUGACUUGGCCUUCAUCCCUGCCACCGGGAUAGACGGUCGAGUGGGUUAUUGCUUCCGCAGGAGAGGACCAGGAGGUGUAGCGUGGCCAGGCUUCGCCAUGUUACUCGGUUUUCUCUGUUAGUCAUUUCCGCUGCAUUAAAAUUUAUGGUUAUUAUUUUUGAAACUCCGAUAAUGUAAUCACUAAUGCUACUUAUUAAAUUUGUGGUAUUAUGUUUUAUUGUAUUUCUCUGUGCCUCACCUUCGAGUGAGCUAGUGGUAUUCGAUCCUGGUAAGUGGCUUUAUCGGACUAGAUCCGAGGGACUGACGGGUUAUUCCUGUCUAAGUGUGUUGCUGCCCUUAAGGGUGCGACUUGGGCACUUAAGCUGGAAUAAUUCGGGCGGUUCCGCCACAGCUGGUAUCGGAGCGAAUACCAUCACAGAGAAGUCAAUAAAUCAUGAUUACCAACCUUUUCUAAAAGUAAAACUUGCUAGAAACCAAUGUUGGAUAGAUCGUCAGGACGAUCAGGAUAGACCUAGGACGUGAAGCCUUAGGAAUUAGAUGGGUAGCUAGGUGGCUAGUUAUAUAGGCCAUAAAGGCUACUACUCUAUUAAAUAGGAUGCUGUAGAAGCACCCGAAAAAUUAGUUAGGUCUGAGAAGACGACUAGAAUGAGCAUGCAUCAUGAUUGUUGCAUAAUCAUUAUUUGUGCAUCAACAUGCUUCUCUCACCUUUAUUCCAAUAAUAAGAAAUUGUGAAUAAUGUGAUGUACUGCUAUGUUAGGAGCUGUAAGAAGUGCCUUGUCCUAUGUUGUUAUGAUAGUCUUGAGUAGGUUGUGUUAUGUGUUCUCCUUGCCAUGCUGUCUAGGAGGUACGGUAACUAUUUAAUACAUUUUGUCUCUAACCAAUAAAAAUUGUUGCCUGUUUUGCCCAUAAAAGACCCCCACUUUAACCAGCCUAGUGGUUAGCAAGUGAAACCUCUUAAAAAAAUCCUGCUUGUGUUGGUAUUUUCUAACCCUUGUGUGUUUUACGCUUGAAGUUACACCUGCACAGCUUAUAGACCCCCACAGCUUGACCGCUAGACCAACCCAAGUCUCCUUGUGCACUUGUGUCAAAAAAAAAUAUUUGUUGUUGGUGUCUAGUUACGCAAACCCUAUCAAGGUCAUGUUUCUUUCCAUAAAUCCUUGCCCCUAAAACAUCAUAGCAUUUCUGUUAAUCAUCCUAGCUGAUCCGGUUUGCCUACCUCUCCUUUAGCCUGGAUCUGGUAAUCCUCGUUCUUGUGAAUCAUGUUGGCUUUAUCAUCCGAAUCUCGGGAUCCUCUAUGAUUCUGCCAUAUUAUCUAGUUAUCCGCUAUAACCCAUUCUCAAGUAUCGGAUGUCGAUCAAUCUAAUCUCUCAUUUCUAGUCUUUCCGAUGCUCUUUCUCUAGGCAUCAUGACGUUGUUUUUGCCAACCUUAUCUUUAAAUGGCAUAUCCAUGUGGAUUAAUGGAUUUCGCUGUUGUCCUUUGUCCUCUCAUGUCUCUAAAAGCUUAACAAUCUAUUUUGAUCUCAUGGUCGGUUCAUCCUCAUAUCAAAUCUCGUGCUAAUAUCUGAUAUGAUAAUCUCCAUGUUGAUCAUAAAAUAGUUCUCUGAGUUGAAGAAAAAUUUCAUGUGAUGCUCUUUUGCCAAUGAUCUUUGCUUUAACUCCGGUCACAUUCUUAUUUUCUGAGCCAUACCCUCAUGGGCUCUAUCUAUCUGUGCUGUAUAAAUUUCUUAUUGGUUGCGUUUGGUAAUGGUGUCAUGACUAACGACUGAUGGUGCCGCGACGAGACCGAGAGCCUACUAUGGUGCACACAUGGUUGAGCUACUCGGCACGCGCUGGUAUCGCGAUUAAUAGUUGUGAUCCAUUAUAAGACUACACCGAUGUGCUAUCUUUUGUGGACACUCUCAGAGUGAUCGCUGCAUUUUGUCUCAACAUGUCGCGAUAUUCUAUCCAAAUCUAUCUUCAUUAUCUUAUCAAAUCCCAUCUCAUUAAUUUGCAUCUCUCUUCAGCCUGGGAGUUACAUGCUUCUCCACCCUUGAAGAUCCUCAUUCGAAUCUCGGGACGAGAUUCUUUUUAAGGGGGGAAGGCUGUGACACCCCAGGUGUCAAUUUCGUGUUAAAUCAGGAGAUUUAUCCUAAUCUCGGAUGCUCAGUGAAAAAUACUAUUUCUCGAUCGUGCCUAUCUCUGUUUAUCAGGCUUUCUCUUGGAAGUUCACCGAAUUCAGAGUUAUUCGAUCGCGAGAAACAGCCAAUUUUGGAGCGUGUUAAAACUUUUAUUCUCGGAACGAAUGCAAUCUCAAUAUUCAAUCUCGAUUUAUAAAUCUCGUCUAAAAGCUCAUGUAAUCAAACGCUCGACAGUUGCUAGUCGAGCUGUGCCCAAAUCCAAUUCCUCGGACUUCGACUGAUGCCCGACUAUUUUAUCUGGAUCCGUACUCUCAGGCGGAAUACUCGAUAUGUCGUCCUCUAAUCAAUUUUAUCCUACUCGGCCAAUUAUCUCAUGUCCGAACCAAACUCAAAACCCCGUAUCGACAGCAAUUUUUAAAUAUAAUGAUUCGCCUUCUCCGACAAAAAAAAAAUCCAAAACCGAUCAAAUCUCAGGACAAUUUAUUUUCGAAUCACGCGUAGGGAGUUAUUUCCGAGCAAAUUCGAAACAGACUCUCGGCCGAGUAAAUUGCGUAACCGUCCGUUCGUCCGAACUCUAGUUCACGCUGUUUUGCAUACAAACGGAAUCCGCAGGAACAUUUUUAUUCCGGAAAAUAAUUUAACGCAGCCCGAUUUCGUGUUUGGGCCAGCCCAACCCAGCCCAAUUGGGCCCAAUUCAAAACCCUAACCCUAGGGCUUCUUCUAUAAAUAGGGGUGCUCACUUGGAAAUCUUUCACUCCCACCCCUCAUUUUUCCCUGGCCGCCACUUUCUUCUCUCCCUGUCUUCUUCUCCAUCGCGCAGCAGGCAUCCCACGGCAGCAGCAGCAGGGAGCCGUGCUCCUCUCCAUGGCGCCCUCCUCCCCUUCUUCUUCCUCAAGCCAGCAGGCACCUCCCUCUACUCCCUGCGCGCAGCAGCAGCCAUGGCGCUGCCUCUCUUCUCCAUGGCGAGCAGCAGCUCAUCCACCUCUCUCUCCCAUGGCGUGCUGCUCCAGUCGGUCUCCUUCCUCCCUCUGUCCCUUGCCGCAGGAGCAGCAGCUCCUCCUCCCAUGGUCGGCCUCCCUUCUCCCCCUCGGCUCCUUCCUCCAGGCCGAGCUCCUAUGCCAGGAACGGCUGCUCCACUUGACCGCUGCUCCAUUUUUUUUCCCUCGCUCUGCUCUCUCGGCUGCUGGCAGCCAGGGCGCGACGCCUCUGCUCCUUCUCUCUACCCCACAAAACAGCCAGCGCGCAGGAGCUUCUUCUCCAUGGACGCCCAGAAUUCCAGCAGCGAGCCCCCUUCCUCGCUGUUCGUCGUGGUGCCCGCCGGCUGUUCGGCAAAAUGCGCAGCAAGCCACGCACUGCAGCAGCUUCGUCCCUUGCCUUGCGUUGUGUCGAGCUUCGCUACUGCACAUCUCCCAUA